AUGAACGGAUACUCCUACGAUAAUGGACCAUCAACGUCCGCACCUCAAACGGGAGGUGUACCUGGAGGUAUAGAUGUACCGUUAGGAUUAACGAAUCAACCUAGAUUACUGGUCAGGAAUUUGAAUAAUCAAGAAACAACAUUUCAUCUCAGUGGAGUAGAAUUGGCCUAUGCCAAUAGUUUGAGAAGGGUCAUGAUGGCUGAUGUACCGACUAUCGCUAUCGAUCAAGUCCUAUUCCUGCAAAAUACAACACCUAUUCCAGACGAAAUGUUAGCACAUAGAUUAGGAUUAGUACCGUUGAUAAGUAGAGGUGUAGCGAAGGGAUUGAGAUAUACGAGGGAUUGUGAAUGUGAUGAAGGUUGUUAUUAUUGUAUGGUAACGUUGAAAUUGAAAGUUACGUUUAGAGGUGCAAAUGGAGAGAAAUUCAUGAAGGUCACAAGUGACAUGUUGGAGAUUGUACCCAGUGCAGGAGGGCCACCACCACCGAAUCCAUAUGGACCACCACCUGAUUUGUCAGAAGAUGAUAGACAAAUAAUCAAUAAUCGCGAUAAUGAAUUAGGUGUACCGGUUGGAAAAGGUCAACCUGGAGUUGCACCUAUACUAUUAGCUAAAAUGGGUCAAGGUCAAGAGAUUGAUUUAGUCUGUAAAGCUUAUAAGGGAAUAGCGAAAUAUCAUGCCAAAUGGUCACCAUUAUCCACUGUCGCUUUUGAAUAUGACCCUCAUAACAAAUUGAGACAUACUACACAUUGGUUCGAGACGGAUGAACGUGGAGAAUGGCCAUUAUCUUCAAAUGCUGUAUUCGAAGCUCCACCUGAUCCCUCGGAACCAUUCGAUUAUACAGCUGUUCCAUCAACAUUUUACUAUACGGCAGAAGCAGUGAACUCUAUACCAGUCCGUUCAGUUGUCGAACAAGGUUUAGAUUUAUUGGUGGAAAAUCUAGCGGGUGUGAUAUUGGCAGUUCAGAAAGAGACUGGUGUGGAUGAAGAUGAAGACGAAGGUGAACAAGGUGUUAUAGAACCUGAUUUCGGUGGCGCACCCCAAACGGAUGGUUAUGGUACCGCUCAAGAUCCAUAUGGUGGUGGAGGCGGUGGUUAUGGAGGAGGAAGUUUCGGUGCGAACGGGGGUCAAUGGGGUCGACAAGGGAACGGCAUGAGUCCUCUAAGGAGAUGA